AACAGCGGAUCGGAAUACUUAUAUCGAUACACCAAACAAAAAAUGGCGGAGGCCAUAAACACGAUGGAUUCGGACAGCUUUUCAAAGCCCAAAAAGGACACGGAGAUGGAGUUAUCAAUUGCUCCUGUUUGUGAAAAUCCCGAAAAUUGUGACGUGAAGGAGGAUGCCCAAAAUAUAUCCGAGCUAACUACAGAUCCUUUCAAGAAACCCGCUAUUUUCGCGGCACCAUCCAUCGUAGGAAAGAGGACCACUCCUGUCAAGAAGAUCGCACAGGAGUCCGAGCAAGUUAUCAUCAAAGAUGAGCCGCAAACUACUGAAUGCGACUCACAGAACGACACAGAUGAGAAAACAUUACAGGAAUCCGAGUCAAACAAACUCUCAUCUAUACGCGGUCCUCACAGACCGUCGGAAAGUCAAGAGAAGCGUCCCGCAAAAGAAAUGCAUAGGCAUACAAAACCAAAGCAAGACAUUAAAGCCAAAGUUCCACCAACUGGGAAAUUUCCUCCUCUCCCCUACACGGAACCUCCAUGGGGUGGUGUUACGGGUAUCCCAUACUCUUUCGAACUGCUCAAAAAUGGUGCGAUACUUGACAGCGUUCCUCUGACUCAGCAGAGUUAUUUUGUGGUGGGCCGUUUACCAGUUUGUGAUAUAUCUCUUGAGCAUCCCUCUAUUUCACGUUAUCAUGCUGUGGUGCAGUAUCGGGAGCAUUCAGGAGAGCAAGGAGUUAUGGGGGAGGAGAUCGGUUUCUAUGUCUAUGAUCUUGGUAGCACUCACGGUACCUUUGUGAACAAGAACAAGAUUCCCCCAAAAACCUACAUAAGGGUACGGGUUGGACACGUGCUAAAAUUUGGAGGAAGUACGAGACUCUUCAUUCUCCAGGGUCCUGAGUUUGAUGAGGAGGUGGAGUCGGAGCUGACUGUAACAGAACUGAGAGAACGAGCCAGGAAGCAGCGAGAAGACCUGGAGAAGAAGAUGAUGGGAGAUGGCUCUGAUGAUGAUGAUGAUGAUGAUGAUAAUGAUGAGAAGGAGGAAAAGAAUGGAGAGACAAGGACUUCUGGGAGAAAGUCUUCAGAAGACACUGGCUGCUCUUGGGGAAUGGGAGAGGAAGCAGACCUAGUGGAGGAUGAGAAUGAGGAAAAUCCUUUCGCCACUGAAUUUCACGAAGACCAGGAAGCGGCCUACCUCAGAGAUCCUAAAAAGGCUUUGCAGGGCUUCUACGAUAGAGAAGGAGAAGAGCUAGAGUUUGAAUAUGAGGACAAAGGCCAUGGCACCUGGCUUUGCAGAAUCAAGUUGCCUGUGGACGAUGCUUUGGGCAGACAGCUGAUUGCUGAGGUCACACACUCUGGGAAGAAGAAGGAAGCAGCUAUCCAGUGCUCCCUGGAGGCCUGCCGCAUGCUGGAGGCGCGAGGACUCUUGAGGCAAGAGGCAGUCUCCCGCAAGCGCAAAAAGAAAAACUGGGAGGACAAUGACUAUUAUGACAGCGAUGAUGACUCUUUCCUGGACCGGACGGGUACAGUGGAAAGGAAGAGGACAGAGCGUAUGAAGAAGGCCGGCAAGAUCCAGGAGCAGCCCGACACCUACGACUCUCUGGUCGCUAAGCUAGCUGCAGUGGAGAAAGAGCUGGCCGAAACCGAGGGCAAACUCGGCUCUUCAGCAGAAGGAGGCUCCAGCUCGUCUGCGGCAGACCCGCUAGAUGUGUUCAUGAGUUGCGUGCGCAGCCAGACGGCUCUGGACAGCGUGGAGCGCAAGAAGCUGCACCUGCACGUGACCGAGCUGAAGAAGGAGGGCCAGCGGCUGCGUAAGCUCAUUGAGGUGACGCGGCCCACGCAGCUGCCCUCCCUGAUCAGCGGGUCUGCUAGCCUUCCAUCUGACUUGGAAAAGCCUAAGAAGAUAGCCCUGCCUCUGUUUGGUGCUAUGAAAGGUGGCAGCAAAUUCAAACUAAAGACAGGAACCAUAGGGAGUCUGCCUCCAAAGAGACCCAACCUGCCCCCUGAGCUCUUCAGCUUGAAAGAACUACCCCCUGGUGAAGAGGAGGAGGAAGAGGAGGAAGAUGAUGAAGGAAAAAAAGAAGACAAAGAGAGUAAGGCUGAGAGGGAGAGCCCAGCUGUGGCAGAGUCAGCGAAGGAGGCUGUUGAGUCUAACGAGGCCUCUGAUUCUGGCCCACACAGCCCUAAAGGCGAGAGGCGUGUGUGUGUGUAUUUAGAGGUGAAAGACUCCGAAAGACGAACAGUAAAUAAGGCUUCACUUCAUGGAAAAAAGACUGUGAAGUCAGUCCAUCCCAAGGAAGACUCCUCUUCACUUCUGCCAAGGGAACCUCUGAAAAAGGGUGGCAAGAAAAUAACUGGCCAAAGCAGGCCUCCUAGCUCGGUGUCCAAGCAGUACCCGGAGGACGACCCUGACUACUGUGUUUGGAUGCCUCCAGCAGGUCAGACGGGUGAUGGUCGGACUCAUCUUAACGAUAAAUACGGCUACUGAGAACAGGGCAGACAAGUUCAUUUCACCCAGCAUCAGUGGGGGGGGAGCUGCACCGUAACGGCUCAAAACUGCAUGGCUACAUUUCCCUUUGUCAAAGAACUUCACUUUCUUGCUUGGACUCCCUUCUCUGAUUCUCUCUAGUGCCCUUCCAGAACACUGUGGGCACGGGUUUGCGGGUGGGAGCACUGUACAGACGUGCAGUUGCAGAAUCAAUUGCUUAUGUUCACAUCAGUACUGAUUAAGGACAUAAUCUGAUAAUUACCACUACCAAGACACUUUUGUUUUAGGGUGUUUUUUUGUUGCAAGAAUAUAUAGCUGAGUGACCUAGAGUCAGUUAAUAUCUGUUAAAUGUGCAAUUCAGUGGGGUUUUGGGUUUUUAAAGAGGCAGGCUUCUGUCAUAAGUGCUUUAUUCGGCAGAUGCUGUCCCCAGAUCAGUUUAACAGGCUUAAUGAAUGCUCUGUGUUGUCAGUGUACUGGGUCACUGUAAGUAGAACGCUGGCCUUCCUGGGGAGUUCACUAAGCCACUCUGAUACAAGCGCAAGCUCUCCCACUGACUCUGGCUCCACACACAGCUUCUGUUACCUUUCUGUAGAAAGGGCAGUGAGGAGAGAGAGAGGGAGAGGGGGAGCAUAUUCACCAGCCAUCUGGACACUUGCUCUGCAUUCUGGGAUUGAGAGCGAGCUGUUAAUGAAUCAAGUGACGUGUGUGUGUGUGUGCGUGCGCACGCGCUUUGGAGGUGGAGUGACAGUGUACCUUGUGUGUAUGCGUGUUCCCUUCACUUGCUAUUAAUGAAAAGUGACUCAGUGUUAGAGUUUGGGGGGAGCAUCCCACAAACCCUAUAACUGCUUUAGCCCUGAUGUUUCAGACAUAUUGUUAUGGAAAAGUGUAUUUUAUCAAUGUUCUUUUGUAAAAUAAAUAUUAAUGUAGUUAUUGA